AUGUCCGCGUCCGUGAGAGCAAACUCCGCCCCGAGUUCAGCGAGGGCAGAGCGGCCGCGGGAGGGAGCAGAGGUGCCGUGUCGUACCUUGGUGGAGAGCUCAAAGACGCAGCUUCAGCCGGUUCAUAAUGAAGUGAUCCCAGAGGAGCUGCUGGUCAGUCUCACCUCCACCGUCUGCAGUGAGAAGAGGCUCAUGCCCAGUGCCCACCAGCGCCACUGCAAGGGCUGCACCUUCAGACGCCCAGACGCUGUUUGGCACCACCCUCUCGGACGGAAGAAAUACCAGUACUUUUUGGAGCAGCCCACGUCUCUGGGCGGAGCGGGCAGGGACAUAUCGUUCCUGUGCGAUGCAGCUCAGAGGAAAGCCAUCACUCUGCCCCCACUUUCGGAAAAAGCAGCGGACACACAGAACAUGACCUUGUCUGAAAGCCUGAUCCCAGACGAGUACCACAUCGUGAAAAACAAAGGACUGCGGAGCCUGGAGCUGUACGAGGAUGCCUUCACCGUGCAGCUGCAAGACGAUGAGCAGAAGCUACGGGUCUUCCCUUCAAUGAAGCCUAGUGGCAGACAGGAGGUACUGCAGCUCAUGCGGGUGAUGGACGACAUGUUGGAGAAGGCAGGAGUGGAGCAGCGAAGCGAAGAACUCAACGAACUCACCCAGAUCGAGGGCCUGCUGGAGCUGGUGCGCACGGAGCAGAACAUCUACAAUGUGGUUUUCCAUGAGCUGAUCAGACAGGUCAGUGUGGCCUGUGCCGAGAGAGGGCAGCUCCUCGCCAAACUCAGGCAGAGGUACCAGUCCCUCCUGGAGCGGAUCCCUCAGUACCUGAAGGCUCUGCACACUGAGGCCGUGGCUCAGAGGGCGUUGGACCGACAACUCACUGUGGAGAUUCACCGCAUCAAGACCUCCAUCCAGCAGCUCAGCAGAGAGCUGGCGAGGAUCAAGGCCCAUGAUGCCUUUGUUUCCCAGCAGGCCGAGCGAGCCCAACACGAGCUGACGGAAGCUCUCAACCAAAGUCACAACAACUCAGAAGUGGUUCAGAGUUACCACGAGCUGUACGAACUCCAGCGCAGCCGUCUGAACUCUCAGCUGAUGCAGAUGACCGAGGAGAGGGACCUGUGGAGCCACUUGACCUACUGCCUGGCCCUCAAGGGAUCGUCGGAGCUCGGUGCGGGACAGAGACCGCUCGCUCAGCAAACGACUGACCGGGCAGAGAUGAAACGAGACACGGGCGAUUUGGACUCAACGAGACGAAAUCUGCACAAAGUGUUUGACGUCCAGCUGACGGGACGGAUUCAGGAACGAGCUUUUAAUGGACAGGCCCCUGAAUAUAUUUCAGAAAUGCUGGUUCCUUACACCUCUGGCCGCUCCCUCCGGUCUUCGGGCCAAAACCUUUUGAAGGUCCCUAAGACCCGGUUUAAAACUCGAGGAGACCUGUCCUUUCAAGCAGUAGCCCCUAAACUGUGGAAUGCCCUGCCCUUGUCUCUUCGUGUGGCUGACUCUGUUGACUCCGGCCCCACUUUGUGA